GUAGUGAAAGUUGCUCCAACCACUAAAAGUUACCUUUUUUCUAGUGUAGAUGCAAGACUCUUGUAAUCUUGUGAAAUUGAAGUCACACUUGUUUGAAAAAUAUAUGAAGCACUAAGCUUUUAGCAAGACCCUUGUCUGAUAUAAGUUGAACAGCUGAAUGCUGAUAGAACACGUAAAUUAUAGAAUAAUUUAUAUGGAUAGCCAUCAGGUUCAGGUGAUGAUAGUGUUGUGCUCUCUCUUAUUCUCCCUCAUUCCCAACAUCACUGCAGUGAGUGUUAUCACUCCAGAUCAGCCCUUACAUCACAAUGAAACCCUGGUGUCAGCAUCUGGAACCUUUGAAGCAGGUUUCUUCAGCCCAGGAAGUUCUCAGAGACGCUACUUUUCCAUAUGUUACAAGAAUAUAUCACCUAGAACAAUUGUGUGGGUGGCCAACAGAAACACCCCUUUAGAUAACUCCACAGGAGUUUUCAGAGUCGAUGAUGAGGGAAAUCUUGUUGUACUUGAUGGCACAGGUGCAAGUGUUUGGUCAUCCAAUGCAUCAAGUAUUGCUCAGAAGCCUAUUGUGAAGCUUUUGGACUCUGGAAACCUUGUUGUGAAAGAUGGUGGUACAAAUAGCCAAGAGAAGGUUGUGUGGCAAAGCUUUGAUUUUCCUGGUGACACUUUACUUCCUGGGAUGAAACUCAAAACCAGUUUUGUAACUGGUAUGCAUAAUUCUCUGACAUCAUGGAGGGACCUAGAAGAUCCUUCUCUGGGGGAGUUUUCAUUGUAUAUUGAUCCUCAUGGUUUUCCUCAGAGAGUGAUCACAAAGGGAGGGACUUGGUUGUAUAGAGCAGGUUCAUGGAAUGGUUAUCAGUUUUCAGGAGUUCCUUGGAACCUGUUGCAUAAUUUCUUCAAUUAUUAUUUUGUGUGGACACAGGAGGAAGUGUAUUAUGAGUAUGAGCUCAUAGAAAGUUCGGUUGUAACAAGAUUUGUGAUCAACCCUGGAGGUCUUGAUCAACGUUUCACAUGGUCAGAGAGGACAAAGAGUUGGGAGCUUUUUGCCUCUGGCCCCCGGGACCAGUGUGAAAACUAUGCCUUGUGUGGUAUAAAUUCUGUUUGCAAUAUUAAUAACUAUCCUAUAUGUGAAUGCUUGGAGGGCUUUCUCCCCAAGUUUAGAGAAAAAUGGAGAUCAUUGGAUUGGUCUGGUGGUUGUGCUAGGAGAAUGAAUCUGAGUUGUGAUAAUGAAGAUGGGUUUGUUAAGUAUGAAGGAAUGAGAUUGCCAGACACAUCUUCCUCAUGGUUUGACACAAGCAUGAGCCUUGAUGAAUGUAAGAGAGUGUGUUUGAGAAACUGCUCUUGCACAGCAUACACAAGUUUAGAUGUCAGAGAUGGUGGCAGUGGCUGCUUGCUUUGGUUUGGUAACAUUGUGGAUAUAGGAAAACAUGCCUCCCAAGGACAAGACAUUUACAUACGAAUGGCUGCUUCAGAGCUAGAUCAUACUUGGGAUAAAAGUCACAUUGACAAGAAGCUUGUGUUGAUUUUGACAGCAAUUAGUACAAUCAUCAUAGGCGUAAUAUUAGGAUCAGUCAUAUACAUAAGGAGAAAACUUGAGAAAGCAGGGAAGACAAAUAUAAUUGACCAAAUGCAUCACACUAUAAAACAUGAGAAGAAAGACAUUGACUUACCAAUCCUUGAUUUAUCAACCAUUGAUAAUGCCACUAGUAACUUCUCUAUCAGUAACAUUUUGGGAGAAGGUGGAUUUGGACCAGUUUACAAGGGUGUGCUGGCAAAUGGACAAGAGAUUGCUGUUAAGAGGCUUUCUAAAACCUCUGGACAAGGAUUAGAUGAGUUCAGAAAUGAAGUUGUAUUAAUUGCCAAUCUUCAGCAUCGGAAUCUUGUGAAGAUUCUUGGGUGUUGUGUUCACGAUGAAGAGAGAAUCUUGAUCUAUGAAUUCAUGCCUAACAGGAGCUUGGAUCUUUAUAUUUUUGAUCAAACAAAAAGGAAAUUAUUGGAUUGGAACCAACGCUUCCGAAUUAUAAGUGGGAUUGCUCGAGGGCUUCUCUAUCUUCAUCAUGAUUCUAGACUAAGAAUCAUCCACAGAGACAUCAAAACCAGCAAUAUUCUUCUUGAUGAUGAUAUGAAUCCAAAGAUAUCAGACUUUGGCCUAGCAAGGAUGCUUGUUGGUGAUCACACUAAAGCCAAUACAAAAAGAGUAGUGGGGACUCAUGGUUACAUGCCUCCCGAGUAUGCGAUGUAUGGAUCUUUUUCGGUGAAAUCAGAUGUCUUCAGUUUUGGUGUCAUUGUACUAGAGAUAGUUAGUGGGAAGAAGAACACAAAAUUUCUUGAUCCCUUCAAUCAACUUAACCUUCUUGGGCAUGCAUGGAGAUUGUGGAGUGAAGGGAGGCCUUUAGAGCUGAUUGAUGAAUCAUUAGAGUAUUCAGUGAUUGAAAGUGAAGCAUUGAAAAUUGUUCACGUUGGGCUCUUAUGCGUUCAAGAGAGGCCGGAGGAUAGGCCCAACAUGUCAAGUGUGGUUCUGAUGCUGAAUGGUGAGAGACCAUUGGCGAGGCCCAAGCAGCCCGCGUUUUACCCACACCAUGAUGACACUUCAUCCAGCAAGUGUGAAUUCAGCUCAAAUGAAUUGUCCAUCACGUUGGAGGCAAGAUAUUCUAUUAAAGUCAACGAAUGCACAAACAGAAACAUGGAAAGCUUCAAGGCUUUGGUUUUGUGCUCUCUUUUGUUGCACUUCAUACCAGGGUUCAACACCCUUGACACCAUUGCUCCAGGCCAAUCACUCAAGGACAAAGAGACUCUAGUUUCAGCAGAUGGGAGUUUUGAAGUGGGGUUCUUCAACUUUGGAGAUCCAAAUAGGCAAUACUUGGGUAUAUGGUACAGGGGUAUUUCUCCAAGAACAGUUGUGUGGGUGGCCAAUAGAGAUGCCCCAGUUGGAAAAGGGGUUUUGAAUUUCACUGAUGAGGGAAAUCUUGUUAUAUUUGAUGGCUCAGGGGCCAUCGGGUGGUCCUCCAAUGCAUCAACAACUGCAAAGAAGCCUAUUGUGCAACUCUUGGAGACUGGAAACCUUGUUGUGAAAGAAGAAAGCAACCCUGAGAAUCUUGUGUGGCAGAGUUUUGAUCUUCCUGGGGACACUUUGUUACCAGGGAUGAGAAUUAGAAGUAACAUGGUAAGUGGUGGUUUUACUUCUCUGACAUCUUGGAGAGACACACAAGAUCCUGGUAGAGGUCUGUAUUCAUAUCACAUAGAUACUCAUGGUUUUCCUCAAAUGGUGAUCACAAAGGGAGGGGCAUUGUUGUAUAGAGUAGGUUCUUGGAAUGGCAAUAUUUUUUCUGGAAUUUCUUCUGAAACGCUGUACAAAUACUUUAACUUCUCUUUUGUGAUAACUGAGCAAGAAGUGUCUUAUGGAUAUGAACUCUUGAACCAGUCAUUUGUUUCAAGAUAUAUGAUCACAAUAACAGGCCAAAUACAACGUUUCUUUUUGUCUGAUCUGACACAUAAUUGGCAGCUUUUCUACUCUGGCCCCGCGGAUGGGUGCGACAAUUAUGCCAUUUGUGGUGUGAAUUCUAAUUGUGAUGCCAAUAACUCUCCAUCAUGUGAAUGCUUUCAGGGUUUCAUUCCCACAUCUCAAGAAAAUUGGAAUUCACAUAACUGGUCUGAGGGAUGUGUUAGGAGAGUUAAUUUAGAUUGUGGCAAUAGUGAUGGCUUUCUGAAGUAUCAGGGAAUGAAGUUGCCAGACACAUCAACUUCAUGGUUUGAUAAGAGCAUGAACCUUGUGGAAUGUGAGAAAUUCUGCAAGAAAAACUGCUCCUGCACUGCAUAUGCAAAUUUAGAUAUUAGAAAGGGUGGAAGUGGAUGCUUGCUUUGGUUUAACAACAUUGUGGAUGUGAGAAAGCUAACCUCUGGAGGACAAGACCUUUACAUAAGAGUGGCAGCUUCUGAACUAGGCCAUAACAAAGGCUUGAACAAGAGGAUGCUUGCAGGAAUUCUGGUAGGCUGUAUUGUGUUCAUUUUGGUCAUGAUAAUAUUGGGAGUGACCAUACUUAGGAGGAAAAAGCGCGAGAAUCCAGGGAGGAACCAAAUAGUUAGCUGGAAGAAUCAUACUGACAACACAGAGAAGAACCAAAUUGACAUACCAAUUUUUGGUUUUUCAACCAUAGCUAAUGCAACUAGUAACUUUUCCGUUAGUAACAAAUUGGGAGAAGGUGGAUUUGGGCCAGUUUACAAGGGUACAUUGACAAAUGGCCAAGAUAUAGCUGUGAAGCGACUUUGCAAUAAUUCAGGACAAGGACCAAAAGAGUUCAUAAACGAAGUUGUGCUAAUUGCCAAUCUUCAGCACCGAAAUCUUGUGAAACUUCUUGGUUGUUGCAUUCAAGAUGAUGAGAGAAUCUUGAUAUAUGAAUUCUUGAUUAAUAGAAGCUUGGACUACUUUAUUUUUGAUGAGUCUAGAAAAAGUUUGCUGCAUUGGGCUCGACGCUUCCAAAUUAUUUGUGGGAUUGCCAGAGGACUUCUUUAUCUUCAUGAAGAUUCUAGAUUAAGGAUUAUCCAUAGAGACCUCAAGACCAGUAAUAUUCUUCUUGAUGAAAACAUGAAUCCAAAAAUAUCAGACUUUGGUCUUGCUAGAACAUUUGGAGAUGAAGCUGAAGGCAAAACAAAGAGAGUAGUGGGAACUUAUGGUUAUAUUUCUCCAGAAUUCGCAGCCCGUGGGAAUUUUUCAGUGAAAUCUGAUGUCUUUAGUUUUGGUGUUAUCAUACUAGAGAUAGUUAGUGGAAAGAAGAAUACAGAAUAUUUUGACCAUCAUGAUCAUGACCUUCUUGGACAUGCAUGGAGGCUGUGGUGUGAAGAAAGGCCAUUGAAGUUGAUAGAUGAAUCACUAGGUGAACCGAUAACUCUAGCUGAAGAUGUGUUGAGAUGCAUUCAGAUCGGUCUUUUAUGUGUACAAGACAGACCAGAGUAUAGGCCAGAUAUGUCAGUUGUAAUUCUAAUGCUGAAUGGUGAGAAACCAUUGCCUAGGCCACGGGAACCAGCCUUUUAUCCGCACCAAUCUGGCUCUUCAUCAGGAAAUAGUAAACUGCAAUCGACCAAUGAGAUCUCUACGUCAUUGUUAGAUGCAAGAUAG